AUGGGUUCAAUCGUUCUCCCUCAUUUGAAUUCUGGCUGGCACGUUGACCAGGCCAUCCUCGGUGAAGAGGAUAGACUCGUGGUUAUCCGAUUCGGACGCGACCACGAUGAAGAAUGCAUGCUACAGGAUGAGGUUCUGUACAAGAUCGCAGAAAAGGUCAAGAACUUUGCAGCGAUCUAUGUUUGCGACAUCGACCAGGUCAAGGAUUUCAACCAAAUGUACGAACUUUACGACCCUAUGUCGAUCAUGUUCUUUUACCGCAAUAAGCACAUGAUGUGCGAUUUCGGUACCGGAAAUAAUAAUAAAUUGAACUUCAUUCUCGAUGACAAGCAAGAACUUAUCGAUAUCAUCGAAUGUGUCUACAAGGGCGCAAAGAAGGGACGUGGUUUGGUUGUUAGUCCCAAAGACUAUUCGACCCGCUAUCGCUACUGA